GGCCUGGCGUGCGCGCGAGCCCCGCGGCGGGCGGGCCCGGGCCGAAGCCAUCAGCAGGUUCCUCCUCAUCGUCUCCGGUUGUUGUUUUUGUUUAUUUUUCCUCUCCACCCGCUACCCCAACCCCAGGCUCCAGUCCAAUCUGAGCACCCAGAUCCCGGUCCAGUCCGGCCUCUCCGCGGGGGUCACGCGGCUGCCCCGGGGACGAUGAACGGAGGAUAAAUGGUGCCCAAGGCAGACAGCGGCGCCUUCCUGCUGCUCUUCCUGCUCGUGCUCACCGUCACCGAGCCGCUGCGGCCAGAGCUGCGGUGCAACCCUGGGCAGUUUGCCUGCCGCAGUGGUACCAUCCAGUGCAUCCCCCUGCCCUGGCAGUGUGACGGCUGGGUAACUUGUGAGGAUAAGAGCGAUGAAGCCGACUGUCCAGAAGUAACUGGCGAGGCCCGUCCCUACCAUGGGAAGGAGGCUGUGGACCCGCGGCAAGGGCGGGCCAGAGGAGGCGACCCCACACACUUCCACGCAGUGAAUGUGGCUCAGCCUGUCCGCUUCAGCAGUUUCCUAGGGAAAUGCCCGACAGGCUGGCAUCACUAUGAAGGCACGGCCAGCUGCUACCGGGUCUACCUGAGUGGAGAGAACUACUGGGAUGCCGCACAGACCUGCCAGCGUGUGAACGGCUCCCUCGCCACCUUCUCCACUGACCAGGAGCUGCGCUUUGUUCUGGCCCAGGAAUGGGACCAGCCCGAGCGGAGCUUUGGCUGGAAGGACCAGCGCAAGCUCUGGGUUGGCUAUCAGUAUGUCAUCACUAGCCGGAACCACUCCUUGGAAGGACACUGGGAGGAAGCAUUUAAAGGCUCCUCAGAGGUGUUCCUGCCCCCUAACCCCAAAAUCUUCGCCUCAGUCCUGUCUGAGAAGGACAACGUGCUCUGCGCCCAGCUGCAGUGCUUCCACUUCCCCACUCUGAGGCACCAUGACCUCCACAGCUGGCAUGCUGAGAGCUGCUACGAGAAGUCUUCGUUUCUGUGUAAAAGAAGUCAGACGUGUGUUGACAUCAAGGACAAUGUGGUGGAUGAAGGGUUCUACUUCACCCCCAAGGGAGACGACCCAUGCUUGAGCUGCACCUGCCAUGGUGGGGAGCCCGAGAUGUGCGUGGCGGCCCUCUGUGAGCGGCCCCAGGGCUGUCAGCAGUACCGCAAGGACCCUAAGGAGUGCUGCAAGUUCAUGUGUCUGGACCCAGACGGCAACAGCCUGUUUGAGUCCAUGGCCAGCGGGAUGCGCCUGGUGGUCAGCUGCAUAUCCUCCUUCCUCAUCCUCUCACUGCUGCUGUUCAUGGUCCACCGGCUGCGCCAGCGACGCAGGGAACGCAUCGAGUCCCUCAUUGGUGCAAACUUGCACCACUUCAACCUUGGCCGGAGGAUUCCUGGCUUUGACUAUGGUCCAGAUGGAUUUGGCACAGGCCUCACCCCACUACAUCUUUCUGACGAUGGGGAAGGUGGGACUUUCCACUUCCACGACCCUCCGCCUCCCUACACAGCUUACAAGUACCCAGACAUCGACCAGCCUGAUGAUCCACCACCACCCUAUGAGGCUUCCAUCAACCCGGACAGCAUGUUCUACGACCCCGCAGAUGACGAUGCCUUUGAGCCUGCAGAGGCCAGCCUGCCAGCCCCAGGGAAUGGUGGCAUUGAAGGUACAUUGCCCAGGAGCCCAGAGCAGCCUUUGCCUCCUGCGGGGACUUCCCUGGCAGAUCUGGAAGACUCUACCAACAGCAGCAGUGCUCUGCUUGUGCCCCCUGAUCCAACACAGAGUGGGAGCACCCCAGCUACAGAGGUACCACCAGGGGGUGGUUGCCACAGCUGCAACCCCCUCAAUACUGUGGUAUAGAUGCCCCGGCUCAGGGGUCAGUGGGCUGGGAGCACCAGUGCACUUGAGAAGACACCUGUCCCUGUGGGAAACUUGAAGGGUCCCUGUGGGAAACUUGAAGGGUCCCUGUCAACAGCCUGGACCCAUGUCUGCUGCUGCACACCCAGCAGCCAGCGGGCGUGUACACAGGAACCUGAGUGUCCCUGCGGGCAUCAGAAGCAUAUGUAGCUUUGGGUCACUGUCUCUCGUGGAGAAGAAUGACGACAGUAUGGAAGGGAGCAAAAGGCGCCAGGCUGAACUCAAUGCCAAGCACAUUUUGGGGUGGGCUUGCUUGCUUGCUUGCAGGGUCCCACCCAGAGAAGCCUGCCAGCUAGUCAUUAACCAGUGGCCAAGCCCCAGGGUGGGCGGACAGCAGGCCGCCACUACCACACUGGAGGCGGCUCGGGCAGCAAGGGCAUCUGUGGACUCAGUGGUCUUGGGGCGCUGAGUCUGCUUUCAGGGAGAGCCUUUGAAGCUGCUGCCCUGGCGCUUCAGGGACACCCCUCCAGGUCUAUCUGUGAGCAUCAAAGUGCCCAGGCCCUGAGGAGGUAGAUGAGGAAGGAUGUUGAACUUGCGGCUGGGCCCUGCGAAUUCGGCUCUGGCAGGAACCUGCAGCUCAGCCCUCCCCACUCUCCACAACCCCCCCAGCCUUCACUCUGGAUCUCCAUUGACUGGGCCAGCUGGCUCUCUAGAGCACCAGAGCCUGGCCUUGUGGUGAGCAGCCUCUGGAUCCGGCCUGCCCCUCCCCACCUUGUCGGUGCCAUAAAGGGUCGUUUCUUUGGAAAGAGGGUGGUGAAAGUCAACAUAGGGGCUGUGCCCGUUUCCUGAGUCGACUUGCACCACAGUCGCCACUGGAGCCCGUCAUCGCUGGUUGUGUGCACACCUGUCUGCCCUGCACAGCACCCGGUCUGCGGCCCUUUGCCUAAGGGACCCAGCUGGCUUCAUCAGUGCUGUUGUCUCCUGACAGGCCUUUAAGGUUUGGAGAUGAAGCGGAUUCUGUGCUAUUUUUAGUACAUUCAUAUCUUUUCUGUUGAAUGUCUGGAUCUUUGUGCGUGUGUGUGUGUGUGUGUGUGUGCGCGCGCGCACGCGUGUACCUAUGUAUCUUUAUGUGGCCAAAUGUUUUGCAGGUGAUGGUGGUGGCUCGCAAGAAUCAAGCUGGGACCCCCACCCCUGUCCCAGAUUAGCCAUUUCACCUCGGGCCACUCAGACAGGGCUGUGUCAGCUCGUGCGCCUUAUGCCAUGGUCGGUGGGGCUGCGACCUUUGUACCACUAAGGAACAUCAAUGGGAGGUGCAUCCGAGCCUGUGGUUCCAUGGUGCUUUGUGGCAACAGACUGGACUCAGUCCAGUUCUGGGUACCUUUGCACUCUGGGUGGCUCCCAUUUUUCCCUCCAUGUGGAGAGUCUUGAGACCUGACCCAUGCCACAGAGCCUGCUGGAGAUGGGAGCUUCAUCGCUGAGCAGCCUGUUCCUGGGCCAGUGUGCAGGCAGCCCCUCUCAUUUUCACAUUGCCGGAGGACAAAGGGGAGUUCAUUGGGCCUCCAGCAGGUGCUGGGUGUUGGGCAGCCACACUCCAGAGCAGUGUGGGGAAAGUCACUGGUGCCAGGUUACUCAAGUCCUGAGGACCACAGCAGCAGAGCCUCUGAACGCAGCAUGUGUGGGCCUGGAAGCCACAUCUGGGGACCAAAGGACUAUUGGGGAUGGGCUGACAUGUCAACGAGCAGAAGGAAAGAGGGCAGGGGCCUGGCAGAAGUGGCUGGAGUGUGUCCAGCCGCUCUCAGGGCUCCUCCCCUAGCAAGCACCAGGAGACUCUUCCCAGACACUGGGCCAUCCAAGCUGCAUGGAAGGCCUGUGUAGCCCACUGCCAUUGCAGCUCCACAAGCUGGGCUUUGCCUCUGUCUACACCCUGCCAUCCUGUCUGCCACCAGCUGCCAGUCCUGACUUUGUUCCCCUGCCUGCUGCCCCGUGUGGCUCCAGAGGGACAAGCCAAGCUCCCGGGAGGCUCCUCCUUGUGGACUGGCAUGCCACUGAUUCUGAGAGGCCAGGUGCCCUCUGGCCUGCCUUGAGGUGGAAUUUGAUACUGUGUUCAUUGUCUUAAUGCCUGUUUCUACAUUUUCCUUUCACUGAGGGUUUUAGUGUGGGUGUACUUUUGGUCAGGUUGACACUAAUCCUUUUCUUACAAUGCUGUGAGAACCAUUUCAUCCAAAUGCCAAAUAAACUUGUGUUCUGGAGGA